AUGAUCAGAGCUGCAAGAUUACUUAUGUUUGAUGCAUCGAGAGCAGAUAGAUCACUGUCUACAUUCGCAGGACGAUCGAUUCGUCAACGAUUCAGAGACAACAAGAAUGUAGUGGACAACACAAUGAAGAAGAUACACUAUCAAAAGGCUAUCGAGGAGUUCUCACAUAUGAAGUCAUUGAUCGAGAAUCAAAGUAUUACAAAGUAUCCAUGCUCAAUUAGAAUCAUACCAGAGGUUGUACAGAAAUCAAAGAUACUGCUAUCGAGUACAUCACAAGACAGAAUGAAGAAGAAGAAGUGGGGAUUCAUGGAUCGUCUGAUGGUCGUCUUUACAAAGCAA